UUAUUUUACAUGAAGAGAUGGAGUGAAAGGCCAACAUGUUCAUAAAUAAAUAAAAAUAUUUUAAAAAUGAAAAGAGAAUAAAUAAAUAAAAAUCUGGAAUCAUAAAUUAAAUGAACUUAAAUAGUAAGAAAAAUAUUAUAAAAUAAUAAAGUGCAAUAUCACAAUAAAUCAUAUAAUAUCAAAAGAUUUUAAGCAGCUUCUUAACAUUCCAACCUCUCAUUUUAGCAAGAGCUUUGGAAAAACACUCAUCACUCAAAACAAAGUCAUUUUAAUAUAAUAAGUAGUGGCAGGGAUUGAAAGAAUCUACAUAAAAAUAAAUAAAUCAAUAAAACACACACACACACACACACACACACACACACACACACACACACACACACACACACACACACACACACACACACACACACACACACACACACACACACACACACACACACACACACACACACACACACACACACACAAACACACACACAUAGAACGCGUCAUUUUCAUAGAACGCGUCGUUGCCAUGGAAGCAUUAUGACAUCACAAUCGGAAUCGGUGCCUAUAAAAAGGCUCAACCAGCUGAGACCGGUAUCAUUUGACUAAUCUGAACGCUUGCCUUUGGUUGACUCCGAACGCUACUGUACAGAUUAACAAGUGAAUUUUGCAGACUUUCCAAAAGUUCGCAACUUUAAGCUGAUUGACGCACUGUGUACGGACAGACAGUUUACUUAGAUUUCAACCCUCUGUAAACCGAAUCUAAGCACAGUUAAGUCUUUCAGUUCUUAGACAUCAUGUUUCGUCCUUCAACAUCGUCCGUCAAGGACAAAAGACGAGCAGAUGUCAAAAACACGGAUUUUUGCCUUCCGAAUGCUGUGCCGAUUUUCGACUAUGUCCCUGACAAAGGACUUUCGUCGAAUAUCAGGCGCGCUGCCGGUGGCUUAAAUCCGUGUGGAGGAAGUGAGGAGAAGGAGGAGAAGGAGUUGGAUGUUUCGCUUGCAUGUGCUAAGGCGAAAUGCAAAGCAGGAGGAGAGGAGGAGUUGGUCAUCACUGAGUUCAGUGAUGAUGACUAUGAUGAUGAUGGAUUUGGUGGAAAAGACGAACCCAAAGAAUCCAAAUUCCUCAAUUUUUUGAAGAAGACGUUUGGCACUGCAAAGUGCCCGUUCCUUCAAAAUAAUAAAGUGGAAACAUUGAUUCCUUCAAAGGUCAAUGCCAAAUCGGCUAAUCCUAACCUAAAGGAUGAUGCUGGUCUGGCCAGGCCGGAAUCAAUCAUACCGGACAAACGAAAAGGGAUCUUUGACUAUUUCCGGAAGGGCAAAGUGGAAGCGAUGCCGAACCCACAGCUUAAAGCGGAUCCAACUAUCCCUUAUGCUAGGGAAGUUGUUGAUCUUGCAGCUCAGUCAAAGACGAACGUUGGUCCGAAGAAAAACAAGCAGAAGGCUUUUAACAGCCGCUUUUUGGAAAACUUCCGGAAAAAAACUUUGAAGCCUGUUGAUGGAAUGCAACAGCUCAACGCCGAUCUAGCUAAUCCUGUUGCCAUGGACCAAGCGGAUCCGGCCAUUCGUGAGUUUAUAACUCACAGCCGCACGGUUGCAGCCAGUGCCGAGCUGCAAACAAGUGCUAUUCCAGCCCACUUCUGGGCAAGGAAUCAAGAUCCCAGAACUUUCAGAGAAAAAAAUGCCGAAAAGCCCAGGCUGAAAGAUUCUGGAGAACCCGGGCCGAAAGAAGCCGGAAAACCCGGGCCGAAAGAUGUCGGAAAACCCGGUCCGAAAGAUACCAGAAAACCCGGGCAGAAAGAUGACAAAAAGCCAAGACAGAAAGAUGGCAAACCUGGGCUAAAGGUUGAUGUUAGUCCGGCUUCUUUUGAUGAUACUCCAGCCGAUGCCGAGCCGGAGUCUGGCCCAAAGAUUACUUCUGUUAGAGAAUCUUUGGCCUCCAAAUACGAUUUUUCACUGAGUGACGUGCUUGGCGAGGGCAGCUUUGGCAGGGUGUACAAAGGGACGCGUAGGUCUGAUGGCAAAGAGGUUGCCAUCAAACUUAUGGAACGAAAUAAAGACGACGAAUAUCUUGUUAUCCCUGGAUACACCGAGCCGCUCCCUACAGAAGUGGGGCUGACGCUUAAAAUGCGUGAAUGUCACAGCCCCUUUGUCAUCGAGAUGUAUGACUGGUACGAGGAUCCCAACAUGAUCGCACUCGUGUUGGAGUAUCCUCAACCCAGUCAGACACUCUGGGAGUUUUUGACCUCGCGCCAUACACCACUCAGUGAAUCAACAGCACGACCACUAAUGUACCAGGCUGUACAAGCGGUGCAACACUGUCUGGAUCAUGGCGUUUUUCAUUCUGACGUCCAUCUUGGAAACUUCUUGUUGGACCAAGUCAAUAUGAAGCUGACUUUAAUUGACUUUGGACUUGGAAGUUUACUUACGGACGACGGCUUUGAUUCGAAAGGGUUUAAAGGAGCUCUGCAAUGCACCCCACCCGAGGCCGACGGCAAGUCAAAGUAUUACGCCAUGCAAACCAACGUCUGGGCAUUAGGAGUGUUGCUGUACUGCAUGGUACAUAAACGUUACCCUUAUCUGAGGAAAGCGACAAAAAAAUCUCACAAGCUUCGGCUUAAUAAGAAACAUUUUUCAAAGGAACUCUGUGAUCUGAUUAAACAGUGCUUAGACAUGAAUCCAGAUAAACGGCCGUCGAUCCAGGAGAUCUUAGAUCAUGACUGGUUUAAGAUGGACUAGAAAGAAAGGCAGUGAAAUGGAUUCAGUCCAUCAGAUACACAGUGUGAGAUUUUGUCAAGAAUCAUCCAGACUGCUAGAAAAACAUACUGAGCACUUUGGAUGAUAGUUUCUGCCAAAUGUAUAAAUGUAACAUACAGUGGCUAAUUUUUUUAUUUUAUUUAUUAUUUUAUUUAUUAUUUCAUUAUUUUUGUAUUCCUAUUAAUGUUUGUAUUGUCUAUCAAAUGUGUGUCAAAAUAAAAGCAUUUAUUUA